AUGCCAUAUUCCCCGAGCGAAAAGAAGGCGACACCGAAAUGGGGUCGUUUACGCUCCCUUAUCCCCCAUAUUGCCAGCCAAGCGAAGCCAGAGACCCCAGGAGCAUCUGCAGUCACUCCCACCGCAGUCAACAUCACCGACGAACUCAUCGCUGGUGGUCUAUCGACUCUAAUGCUUCGAAUGUGGUUCGAACGCGACGAGAAAAAUCACCGCCGUAUUCCCGCCCUCUUCCAUCGUCUUCGGAUACGCGUCACAGACAGCUUGAAUCCAUUGGAGGGCAAAAAAUCUGUUUUCCGAAUCGAAUGCGAGUACGCAAAUGGCGCCGUUCGUUGGGUCGUCUACCGGCAGCUUCGAGACUUCUUGUCUCUUCAUGCCCAUUACACAUUCUCUAACGCAUAUAACCGUAAUAUCGAUGACCUACCAGAAUUCCCCAGGACCAGCAUUCCUUACCUCAAAUUCUUGCAGAAGGAAGACAAGGAAAUCGGCCACAAGGACUUCGCGCGACUCCAGCGCGAAAAACUAGAAACUUAUUUGAUCAAUUUAAUCCGUGCAGUGAUGUUCCACCCAUCAGUUAAUCGGCUUGCCAGCUUCCUCGAGAUCAGCGCCUUGUUUGUGAACCUGGCUCACUCUGGCGGGCACCAGCUCAAAGCUGGGUACCUACAAAUUGAGGCAACAAAAGGUGGCGGUGGAUUCGGUCGGAAGUCAGCGAGCUGGUCGGAGCGCAAAGAAAGUCGAUGGUGUGCAGUUAGGGACAGCUACAUUGUCGUCCUACGAGAACCCGGCGAGCUGACCGUUUGGGAUGUUUUCAUGCUCGAUGCAGACUUUGACAUCGAACGACCAAAGCGUUAUUAUCGCCAGGGCUUGAAGCUCCUGCACCAAGCCUCUGAUGACGAAGCUGAGGAUCAUGCGGAACACCCCAAUGGCCUUCUUAAACCUCCUGGAACGGAGCAUGACAACAGGUCUAUCAUGGGCUCCAUACGAAGCUCUUUUUCGAGGAUCGUCCAUUCGUCUCGAAGGAGUCAUCAUGGAACUCAUGGAGACGAUAACAUGUCUCUGAGCUCUGGCUCGUCCAUAUCUUCCAUCUCCCGCCCUCCGACCCCCAUGCUUGACCCGUCAACAAACCCAAAUCCACUCGCCGACAAGCCGGAUGAGGCUAACGCUGAGCGCAAUUGGCAUCCUAGCGAGAAAAAGAAGAAGAGAACGGGGGAAGACGUGUCGCAGCAUACGUUUUAUAUCGUCAACUCACAGAUGCGCCUCAAACUUUUUGCCCGCAAUCAGCGUCAAAUGCUGCAAUGGAUAACAGCAUUGGAAAAAGUGAAGGCUUCACCUUAUUGCCAACCCAAUCGGUUUGAUAGUUUUGCACCCAUUCGUCUGAAUGUUGCCGCGCAGUGGUUGGUUGAUGGGCGCGACUACUUCUGGAAUCUGUCGCGCGCGCUUCUGCUAGCGAGGGAAACAAUCUAUAUUCAUGAUUGGUGGUUAUCCCCCGAGCUGCAACUCCGUCGACCGAACAAGGAUCGCUAUCGAUUGGACCAUUUGCUCGAACGAAAGGCAAAGGAGGGUGUGAAGAUUUAUGUCAUCCUCUAUCAGGAGGUCUCAAGCCGCACAACUCCAACGGAUAGCAACUAUGCGAAACAGCGGCUCACCGGUCUUCAUCCUAACAUUCUCGUUCAGCGCUCACCAUCUCACUUCCAAACGGGGACCUUCUAUUGGGCUCAUCACGAGAAGCUGUGCGUUAUUGAUUCGACUAUCGCAUUCAUGGGUGGAUUGGAUUUAUGUUUUGGACGCUGGGACACCGCGCAACACAUCGUGAUCGAUGAUGGCGAAGGAGAGGAUCAACCGAAAAUCUGGCAUGGCAAGGACUAUAGCAAUCCUCGGGUCACCGACUUCCAUACGCUGAACAAACCGGAAGAGGAUAUGUACGACAGAGGCAAAAUUCCGAGAAUGCCUUGGCACGACGUCGGAAUGCAGGUUGUAGGCCAGCCUGCAAGAGAUCUGUGUCGCCAUUUCAUCCAACGGUGGAACUAUCUUCUGCGAAUCAAAAACCACUCACGAACCAUGCCGUUCCUAUUGCCGCCCCCAGAAUUCAGACCCAGUGAACUCACCAAGAUGCAGCUGACAGGCACUUGUGAAAUGCAGAUUUGUCGCUCUGCUGGUCCAUGGUCGCUCGGAACGAAGAAAGUUGAACACUCUAUUCAAAAUGCGUAUCUCAAGGCCAUUCAGCUUUCGGAACACUUCGUCUACAUCGAGAACCAGUUCUUCAUCACUUCAACCGUUGUCAACGACGUGAAAAUCGAGAACAAGAUUGGAGAUGCUAUUGUGAAGCGCAUUAUCCGCGCUCAUAACGAUAAAAUGCCGUGGAAGUGCUGCAUCGUCAUCCCUCUUCUACCAGGCUUUACUUUUCCUGUUGACCAUGGCGACGCGAGUGCUAUCCGUAUUAUCCUCGAGUGCCAAAACCGCACGAUAGCGAGGGGCCCGAACUCUAUUUUUUCGCGACUGAGAAAGGAAGGCAUUGACCCUGACGAGUAUAUUUCGGUAUUCUCCCUGCGAAACUGGGGGAAGCUCAAGGGAGAUGUCUUAACCACGGAACAACUGUACAUCCAUGGCAAAGUGUGUAUCGUCGACGAUAGACUUGCCAUUAUUGGAAGUGCAAACAUCAAUGAGCGCUCGCAAAGAGGAGACCGCGAUUCAGAGUUGGCAGCGAUUAUUCGCGACACCGAGAUGAUUCCAGGGAAAAUGGCGGGAAAGCCGUUCCAGGUUGGACAGUUCGCCCACAGUUUGAGGGUGCGACUGAUGCGAGAGCAUCUUGGCGUCGAUGUGGACACCAUCGAAGAAGAGGACCUUAUGUCACGACAGCCUGUAAAACCCGAACAUGAGCAGGAAAAGUGGGUGCCUGAUGCUGACGAAGGGGAGGGCUAUGUGAAGGAGUCCAAGUCAAAACCGGCUGCAAAGGUUCUGGCCCAAACGGUCCUCGAUGGAGUCAAUCAAGCUUUACACGGGAGCGCGGAGGUGGGCGAUCACACAGCUUCAAAACUCUUGCGAAAGGUUGGGUUGGUUCAUAACUCUGCCAAUACCGGAGGGGAGAACUCGCUGGAGGCUGAGCGCAUGACCUAUGAUCGAGAGGGCAAUCUCGAGGAAGGCUUCGCCAGUGCUCUCGUCCCCACACUAGAAGAGAAAACUGUCUUGGAGCACAGGCCACCGAAAAGCCAAGCCGACGACUUGCCCAUUGCGGACAAGCUUGAAAAUGGUGCUGAAGAGACAUCGGCCGAUCAUUCACCGAACACUGUUGGCAUCAACGGCACCUCGGAGGAUGUUGAAGAUAGUCCUCAACCUAGAACACCCGAUGGCGACCUGUAUGGUGCUCCUGCGGAUGCUUCUCGUGAUGCUAAAACAGACGAUGAACCGCCUCAUGCUCGUUCCGGUCCCUCUGGAGCCGACGAUGCUACAGAGGAAGAAAAGGCGGCUCCCAGGGCACGAUCAAUACUCAGACGGCAUCUCGGCGCCAAAUUGGGAAGUAAAACAUGGACAUUGCCGACUCCAAGGCCCAAGGUGGAUGCUGGCGGUUUUGAAGAUCCUAUCUGUGAUGAAUUCUGGAAGAAUGUGUGGGUGGCUUCUGCCACGCAUAAUACCGAAAUUUAUCGCAAAGUCUUCCAUGCCAUCCCUGACGACCUGAUCACGACCUGGAAGCAGUACAAGGAGUUUGUCGUUCACCAUGAGCGGUUGAAUAAACCUCCUCGCGAUGAUCCUAACCCACCUGAAGCUGUCGCUCGUGUUCCGUCCGAGACUGGAGACGAAGACGCCAUUGGGCCUAAUUCCACAGCUCCUGGCAAUCCGGCUGGGCAUCCAGCAAAUAUUCCUGGGCCGAAGCCUAAUCCACACUCCCACUCGGACGAUAAGACUGAAGAGGAAGAAUCAGAUGGUCGCAGUUCUCCUCCAGUAGAAUCAACGUCCAAUUCAACCCCUCCAGAGCGGCGUAAGACUACCAAGAAUACCGGCACCGAGCCUUUUGAAAGAUGGGAGCGAGACGAGAUGGAGAAGCUGCUGGGACAACUGAAUGGGCAUCUGGUAGUAGACAUGGACUAUGAUAUGCAUGGACUUGAAUGGAAUGGUCCUUUGUUGAAGUUUGACUCGGAGGAGGAGGAAUAUCGCUUAGUCAGACCAGGCAUGAGCGGUUUUCCUCCUCCCCCACCUGGUUUCCGGCCCCCGCCAGGAGGCUAUGUACCUGCACCUCCCCCAGGCAUGCCCAUUGGCGGCGCGUCCUCAUCCAAGCUUCCCCCAGAAGUAUUGGCCCAAAAGUCAAUGAAAUGGGUGCAAAUGCAAAGGAAGCGGUACGGAGAGAAGCGCAAGGGUGGUUAUGUCGAUAUGGGCAAGCAGGAUCUUCCCCCCGAGCACGUUCGCAAAAUUAUCAAGGACCAUGGAGACAUGAGCAAUCGAAAAUUCCGCAACGACAAGCGUGUUCAUCUAGGUGCCCUCAAAUACGUCCCUCACGCCGUCAUGAAGCUGCUUGAAAAUCUUCCUUUCCCGUGGGAGCAGGUUCGGGAGGUGCCCGUCCUCUACCACAUUACUGGCGCCAUCACCUUCGUCAAUGAGAUACCUCGCGUUAUUGAGCCGGUCUACCAUGCGCAGUGGAGCACAAUGUGGUUGGCGAUGAGACGCGAAAAGCGGGACCGCAGGCAUUUCAAACGAAUGCGCUUCCCGCCAUUUGAUGACGAAGAACCUCCUUUGGACUACGGCGACAAUGUACUCGACGUAGAGCCCCUAGAGUCUAUCCAGUUUGACCUGGACCCCCAUGAAGACCAGGCAAUCAUCGACUGGUUUUACGACCCCAAGCCACUCGUCGACACGCCGUCUGUCAAUGGCUCCUCAUACAAGUAUUGGUCUCUUUCCCUUCCCGUGAUGGCGAACUUGUAUCGCAUGGGAAGGACACUCUUAUCUGACCAAGGCGACAAGAAUUCCACCUACCUCUUCGACAAGAAAGCCUUCUUCACUGCAAAGGCACUCAACAUGGCCAUUCCCGGCGGCCCCAAAUUCGAGCCCUUGUAUCGUGACAUGGACAACUUCGACGAUGAUUGGAAUGAGUUCAACGACAUCAACAAGGUUAUCAUCCGCCAGCAAAUUCGGACCGAAUACAAAGUUGCCUUCCCGCACCUGUACAACUCUCUUCCACGUUCAGUCCGCAUCUCCCCUUACCACUCCCCAAAGAGUGUGUAUAUUCGCACGGAUGAUCCCGACCUACCGGCCUUCUACUUCGACCCACUUAUCAACCCCGUCUCACUUCGCGGCCACAUUCCGAAGAACGCCCCUCUCGUCUCACAUGAAGACUCGAUAUUCGGACCCAACGGCGCCGACGACGACGAUUUUGAGCUCCCUGACACCGUCGAGCCUUUCCUACAAGAAAAGGACCUCGAAAAUGAUUUGACUGCUGAUGCUAUUUCGCUAUGGUGGGCGCCGGACCCUUACGGCCGUCGUUCAGGCCGCAUGCGGCGAGCGCAAGAUAUACCUCUCGUCAAGAACUGGUACCUUGAACAUUGCCCGCCAAACCAAGCCGUCAAAGUCCGAGUCUCUUACCAGAAACUCUUGAAAUGCUACGUGUUGAACGAGCUGAGAACGCGGCCGGAGAAACCGAUGACGAAGAAGAACCUGUUCAGACAGCUCAAGUCGACCAAAUUCUUCCAGACAACAAAGCUUGACUGGGUCGAGGCCGGGCUGCAAGUGUGCCGACAAGGGUACAACAUGUUAAAUCUGUUGAUUCAUCGCAAGAACUUGAACUACCUUCAUUUGGACUACAACAUGAACUUAAAGCCCGUCAAGCACGAACGGAAGAAGUCACGUUUUGGAAACGCUUUCCAUCUUUGUCGUGAAAUCCUCCGCCUCACGAAGCUUGUUGUCGAUGCCAACGUUCAAUUCCGAUUGGGCAAUGUCGAUGCCUUCCAGCUUGCCGACGCUUUACAGUAUAUCUUUGCUCAUAUUGGCGCGUUGACGGGCAUGUAUCGUUACAAGUACAAGCUCAUGAGGCAAGUCCGCAUGACAAAGGACUUGAAGCACUUGAUCUACUACCGCUUCAACACAGGCCCUGUUGGUAAGGGCCCCGGUUGUGGAUUCUGGGCUCCAGGGUGGCGUGUCUGGCUCUUCUUCAUGCGUGGAAUCGAUAUUAGGCUCGGUAAUUUGCUUGCUCGUCAAUUCGAGGGGCGAAACAGCAAAGGUAUCGCCAAGACGGUUACCAAACAGAGAGUCGAGUCUCAGUACGACCUCGAACUUCGCGCCGCCGUCAUGCACGAUAUAAUGGACAUGAUGCCAGAGUCGAUCAAGCAGAACAAGACGAAAACUAUCUUGCAGCACUUGUCUGAAGCAUGGCGUUGCUGGAAAGCCAAUAUUCCAUGGAAAGUCCCGGGUAUGCCGACUGCUAUCGAAAACAUCAUCUUGCGCUACAUCAAGAGCAAAGCGGAUUGGUGGUGCUCUGUUGCCCACUACAACCGCGAGCGUAUCCGUCGAGGUGCGACUGUUGACAAGGCGGUCGUGAAGAAGAACUUGGGACGUCUUACCCGUUUGUACCUGAAGGCUGAGCAAGAACGUCAACACGGAUACCUUAAAGAUGGACCCUACAUCAGCGCAGAAGAGGCCGUUGCCAUCUACACCGCAACAGUACAUUGGUUGGAGAGUCGCAAAUUCGCCCCCAUUCCUUUCCCACCACUCUCAUACAAGCACGACACAAAGUUGCUGGUAUUGGCACUCGAAAAGUUGAAGGAAGCGUACUCCGUCAAGGGUCGUCUGAACCAGUCUCAACGAGAAGAACUCGCGCUCAUUGAACAGGCUUACGAUAACCCUCACGAAUGUCUAUCACGUAUCAAGCGUCUCCUCCUCACCCAGCGGGCCUUUAAAGAAUCUGGAAUCGAGUUCUUCGAUACAUACGACAAGCUGAUCCCUUGCUACGAUAUAGAGCCGGUUGAAAAGAUUACGGAUGCUUACCUUGACCAAUUCCUUUUCUUCGAGGCCGACAAACGAGGUUUAUUCCCUUCGUGGAUCAAACCUGCUGAUACGGAGCCACCACCGCUUCUCGUCUACAAGUGGUGCCAAGGCAUUAACAACCUGACCGACAUCUGGGAGACGAGCGAAGGCGAAUGUAACGUGCUCAUGGAGACGGUCCUCUCCAAGGUCUACGAGAAGAUCGACCUGACUUUGCUGAAUCGUCUCCUCCGUCUGAUCCUCGACCACAACUUGGCAGACUACAUCACAGCUAAGAACAACACCGUUCUCACUUACAAAGACAUGGCUCACACAAACGCUUUUGGUCUUAUUCGCGGUCUCCAAUUCUCGGCUUUCGUCUUCCAGUACUACGGCCUCGUACUCGAUCUUCUCAUCUUGGGCCUCAAACGCGCCAGCGAAAUGGCCGGGCCUCCAUCAAUGCCCAACAACUUCUUGCAAUACCGCGACUCGGAAACAGAGACGCACCAUCCAAUUCGUCUCUACUCGAGAUACGUCGAUCGUUUGCACAUUCUCUUCCGCUUCACUGCCGAAGAAUCCCGUGAUCUUAUACAACGAUACCUUUCUGCCAACCCCGACCCCACGAAUAACAAUGUCAUCGGCUACAAUAACAAGCGUUGCUGGCCGCGAGACUGUCGCAUGCGACUCAUCAAACACGACGUCAACUUGGGUCGUGCAGUAUUCUGGAACGUCAAGCAGAGUCUACCGCGUUCAUUAACGACAAUUGAAUGGGAAGACACUUUCGUUAGUGUUUACUCGCAGAAUAACCCACAACUGCUGUUCUCCAUGUGCGGCUUCGAAGUCCGUAUUCUACCUAAGAUUCGAACAAUGAGCGGAGAACAAUUCUCGUUGAAGGAUGCUGUCUGGAACUUGACCAACGAGCAAACGAAGGAGCGAACUGCCCAAGCCUUCCUCCGGGUCUCCGAUGAUGGCGUCCAAGCCUUCAAUAACCGUAUUCGACAAGUGUUGAUGAGCUCUGGUUCGACGACGUUCUCCAAGAUUGUUAAUAAAUGGAACACGGCGCUCAUCGGACUAAUGACCUACUAUCGAGAAGCUGUUAUCCACACCAACGAGCUGCUUGACUCGCUUGUGAAAGCUGAGAACAAGAUUCAAACUCGUGUCAAGAUUGGUCUGAACAGUAAAAUGCCUUCCCGUUUCCCUCCUGUCGUGUUCUAUACUCCUAAGGAAUUGGGUGGUCUUGGAAUGCUUUCUAUGGGCCAUGUUCUCAUCCCGCAAAGCGACCUUCGUUGGUCAAAACAAACCGAUGUAGCAGUCACACAUUUCCGCGCCGGUAUGUCGCAUGAAGAAGACCAGCUCAUUCCCAACUUGUAUCGCUACCUGCAACCGUGGGAGGCGGAGUUCCUCGACUCUGCGCGUGUCUGGUCUGAAUACUCGAUGAAGCGGAAGGAAGCCAACGCUCAGAACCGUCGUCUGACCCUGGAAGAUUUGGAGGACAGCUGGGAUCGAGGUAUCCCGCGAAUCAACACGCUCUUCCAAAAGGACCGACAUACGCUGGCCUAUGAUCGUGGUUGGCGUGUCCGAACCGACUGGAAACAGUAUCAGCUCCUCAAGCACAAUCCCUUCUGGUGGACGUCUCAGCGACAUGACGGCAAGCUAUGGCAAUUGAACAACUAUCGAGUUGAUGUCAUUGCUGCUCUGGGUGGUGUCGAGGGAAUCCUCGAACAUACGCUGUUUAAGGGAACUUAUUUCCCAACUUGGGAAGGUUUGUUCUGGGAGAAGGCCUCUGGAUUCGAGGAGUCAAUGAGAUACAAGAAACUGACCAAUGCUCAACGGUCCGGUCUCAAUCAGAUUCCGAAUCGUCGUUUCACUCUCUGGUGGAGUCCGACGAUCAAUCGCGCCAAUGUCUAUGUCGGUUUCCAAGUACAACUAGACUUGACUGGUAUUUUCAUGCAUGGCAAGAUUCCCACGCUCAAGAUCAGUUUGAUUCAGAUAUUCCGAGCCCAUUUGUGGCAGAAGAUUCACGAGAGCGUGGUCAUGGAUUUGUGUCAAGUAUUCGAUCAAGAGCUUGAACCACUGCAGAUCGAGACUGUCCAGAAGGAAACAAUCCAUCCACGUAAGAGUUACAAGAUGAAUUCUUCUUGCGCGGACAUCUUGCUCUUUUCGGCGUACAAAUGGAACAUCUCUCGGCCCUCUCUGGUUACUGAUGUCAAGGAUGUUCUCGAUGGGACAACAAGCAAUAAGUUCUGGAUUGAUGUCCAACUUCGUUGGGGUGACUUCGACACACACGACAUAGAACGUUAUACUCGCGCCAAAUUCCUCGAUUACGUAUCUGAUUCGAUGAGCAUCUACCCGUCCCCCACCGGUGUCAUGAUUGGCAUGGACCUCGCCUAUAAUCUUUGGUCUGCCUACGGAAACUGGUUCCCUGGAAUGAAACCCCUCAUUCAGCAAGCAAUGGCGAAGAUUAUGAAAGCAAAUCCGGCAUGUCACGUGCUUCGCGAACGAAUUAGGAAGGGUCUUCAACUAUAUUCGUCUGAACCAACAGAACCAUACUUGAACAGCCAGAACUAUUCCGAGCUCUUCUCGAACCAAAUCAUCUGGUUUGUGGAUGACACCAACGUCUACCGUGUCACGAUCCACAAGACAUUUGAGGGUAAUUUGACCACCAAGCCUAUCAACGGCGCCAUCUUCAUCUUUAACCCUCGGUCGGGCCAAUUGUUCCUCAAAAUUAUCCAUACCAGUGUAUGGGCCGGUCAGAAGCGUCUCGGACAGCUUGCAAAAUGGAAAACCGCCGAGGAAGUUGCGGCCUUGGUACGGUCGCUGCCCGUUGAAGAACAGCCCAAGCAGGUCAUUGUCACCCGCAAGGGCAUGUUAGAUCCACUCGAGGUUCACCUGCUCGAUUUCCCGAAUAUUGUCAUCAAGGGCAGCGAGCUACAAUUGCCCUUCCAAGCAUGCAUGAAGAUGGAGAAGUUCGGUGAUUUGAUCCUUCGCGCCACACAACCGCAGAUGGUGUUGUUCAGUCUGUACGACGACUGGCUCAAGUCGAUCUCGAGCUACACUGCUUUCUCCCGCCUUAUCCUGCUUCUCCGUGCUCUCCACGUCAACAAUGAGAAGGCUAAAAUCAUUCUGCAUCCCGACAAAAACACCAUCACCGAGCCCCACUUUGUCUGGCCAUCGCUCACCGAUGAGGACUGGAUCAAGGUGGAAGUCGCCAUGAAGGAGCUCAUUCUUGCUGAUUUCGGCAAACGCAACAGUGUCAACAUCGCCUCCUUGACUGUCAGUGAAGUUCGAGAUAUCAUUCUUGGACAGGAGAUUGCUGCGCCAUCAGUUCAGCGACAGCAAAUGGCUGAACUAGAGAAGAGCACGGAGGCACAGAGUCAGGUUGUGUUGCUUGGGCUAACGGAGUAUUCUAGGAUGACCACCAACGUUCAUGGUGAUGCAAUCCAGACCGUCACGACAACGAACUACGAGCAGUCUGUGUUCAGCAGCAAGUCAGACUGGCGUGUCCGCGCCAUUUCUGCGACACAUCUUCCUCUUCGUUUGCAGCAUAUCUAUGUUUCCAACGACGAUGUCAAGGACGACGCGGCGUCAUACACUUAUGUGCUUCCCAAAAACAUCUUGCGAGCAUUCAUUACUGCGUCAGACCUACGGACGCAAGUUGCUGCAUAUCUGUACGGCUCGUCUCCUCCCGACAACGCCCAAGUGAAGGAGAUCAAGGCGGUCGUCUGGGUUCCCCAACGAGGGAGCAACAAUAGUGUCGAGCUUCCCGCGAAACUUCCCAAGGAAGAUUUCCUGUUGAAAGAUCUGGAGCCGCUGGGGUGGAUCAAGACCCAAGCGCUGGAAAUUAAUCAUCUGUCGCCCACUGACGUGACGACCCAGGCGAAAAUCAUGGCUGACCACCCCGAAUGGGCACCAUCGUCGAUCUGCCUGACGACUUCGUUCACACCGGGAUCAGUAUCCUUAUCUGCACACUCGCUGACUGUCGCUGGGUUUGACUGGGGCAGGAAGAACGUGGACAACGGGGCGAAUCCUGCCGGCUUCAACCCGAAUAUGUCUGAACGAGUUCAACUGCUGCUAUCCGACCGUAUUCUGGGUAUGACCCUGGUCCCAGAAGGCAAAGUGUGGAACUACGGUAUUGGCCUAACGCAAUUGUGGGCGCCGAAUAUCGGGUACUCGAUGGUGCUCGACACGCCAUUGUUGUUCUGGGCGGAGGAGCAUAGACCAGCAGCCUUCCUUACGUUUGCGAACCUCGAGCAAGGGGACGACAGCGCCGACGUGGAAAACAGCUUUGCUUGA